AAAAUAACAUGUAAAUUAUAACAAUUUAAAGCAGAAAAUACCUAUUAUAAAGAAAUAUACAAACAAAUACAUCUCAAAACCUAAAAUGUAACUAACAGUUAAAAAAAAAAUUGUAAAAGCAACGAAUGGAUUGAAAUAUUGAAAUAGUUCCUCAAACUGGGGGACUUAUGAUAUAUGAAUGGAAAUGAAUACAAAUCUUGAAGAGUGGAACUUUCAGAUGGAAGAAUUGCUGGAACCUAAUUAUUUUCCAGAUCCUGUGAUUUUUAGGGAUAGUUCAGAAAAUUUAAAAAUAUACAAGGAGGAGCUAAAAGGUAAUCUUAAAACAAAUAAAACAACUUUUAAUGUUCUUGCGCCAUAUCUAGAGACUGUUUAUAAAGAUCAAAAGAAAGCCCUAAGUGAGUCUGCAAAGAAUCUCACGUUCUCUGCAAAAUCAAAAGAAGCAAAACUUUUACUGUGCGAUAAGAAAACUAAAGAUCAAUACAAAAGCAACAGGCAUGCACAGAUAUUAGAACAAUACGAAAUGAUAGUAUCUAUUCAUGAAACUGCAGACGUAUUGAAGAACUUACUCAGAGCUAACACCGUCGUGUCAUACCUCGUUAACACUGACAGGAAUGAACUCUACCAAAGUCCCAGGUAUGUAAUAUCCUCAAUGGAUACGCUAACGUGGAGAAUUGAUUCUGGAUCGACGAUGGCAGCUUAUGCUGCAUUUACAAAACAAUAUAUUAUAUCUAAUAAUGUCCUCUCAGAUGCCAGGUUUCCUCUUGGCCUAGGCUUUCCUGGUAGUCUGAUGAAAUAUGGACUUUGUGUACCCAUUAAAACAACCGAUGAAAAAGUUGUCGCCGUUUAUGAACUUGCAAGGGAUGCUUUUGCAGCCGAGUUUGAACCCACAGAUAUUCAGAUGGUGUUGACCAUUACAGGAUGGAUGGGCUUUGCUAUUCAGUACCAUAGUCUCUGUACUGAUCUGAUGCAUAGACUUCAGCUGGGAGACUAUCUUCUUCAACUGACAGAUCACUACCAUGGAGGCCAUGCAACACUCUAUGAGACACUCUCUGCAAUUGUAACAUUUGCUAAACACACAGUGUCUGCAGAGAUCUGUAACUUCUACCUGGUGGAAAAGGGGUCUCAAGAAACUAUGACUAUAGAAGAAUACAACCAAGACAGUGAGAACUCGCUUCUCAAAAGAAAAAGAAAGAAAAAUGUUGUUCAAGAUGAUGGAUCUUAUCUAAGUCAAGUUGUCUUCGGUAAAGUAGUUGUAAACAAAUAUGAAACCCAGGUAGAGAUUGUUUCACACUCGGAUCGGAUCAAAAUCAGGUCUAUAUUAUGUGUACCCAUCAUCUGUAAAUGUGGCGAAGUGAUAGGUAUAAUACAGUUAACAAAUAAGAAAACGGCGUUUAAAUUUGACAAGUAUGAUGAAGAUAUAGUACAAAUGUUCUGUGUAUUUUUUGCCAUAAAUCUCAACACAAACAUGCUUCAAGAAUGUGAAAAGAGGUAUAUGUUUCAAAACAGCGUUAAUCGUGAAAUGCUACUUUAUCAUAUGAGUCCCUGCAAUCAUGACCACAGUUUGAUAAAAAAGCCUUUGGAAAAUUUACCAAAUGACAUUCAUUUGAUAACUUGGUUCCCUCCACAGGAUUCCAAAGGUAUAUUGCCUCAUUUAACACUACACAUGUUUCAUGAGGUCCUUGGAGAAUCUUUCAUGUUGUUGAACGAUGUGCAAGAAUUCAUUUUAACCGUGCGUGGGUGUUACAGGCUAAAUCCAUAUCACAAUUUUGCCCAUGCCGUAAAUGCUACUCAUAAAAUGUCACAUCUCCUUAAACAUUAUAGUGGUAUGUUCAGUGGAUUGGAACGUCUAAGUUUGAUGAUUGCCAUUCUUUGUCAUGAUGUUGAUCAUCAGGGAUACAGCAACAGCUUUGUCAAAUUGACAGACCAUAAUUUUUCAAAACUGUACGAAACAUCUCCCAUAGAAAAUCAUAUCUUUGCAGCUACAAAGAUUAUACUGGAAAAGCAUGAAAUGCUUAAAUAUCUAAACAGUAGUAUCUACAAUAAAUUACUUUUAGAAGUCUAUGAGUGCAUUAAAGCCACUGACUUGUCCAGCUACUUUCAGAGUAGAGUCAAACUAUUGGGUCUCGCAGAAGAAAACAUUUUAAAUUUAAAACAAAAUGAUCACAGACGAUACAUAAAAAAUAUAAUGAUGAUAUCAUGUGACCUCAGUGAUCAAAUCAUGCCUUUUCCCGAUUGUAGAAAAUUAACUGAGGAAUAUUAUGAAGAAAUGUUUUGUCAAGGUGAUUUACUAAAGAGGAAAAAUCUUACACCGAUGCCGUUUAUGGAUAGGUCUCAAAAAGACAUGAUUCCUGAAAAUCAAAUUCAAUUUUUGUUGGUUGUUCUGCUUCCAAUGCUCAAGAAAAUGUCUCAGAUAUUUGAAAUAUUCACCCCAUUAGUAUCUAAUGGCAAGGAAGUUGUCAAGCAUUGGCAAACGCUGAUAGAAAUUAAACACCAAGACACCUGGAGGCCUGAAGAAUCUGUACCAAAAGCACCAACAAGCUUGAUGUGAAUUCUUACCUAAUUAAUAUUAUUAUCUGCUUC